AUGGAAAAAGAAGAUAAUAAUUUUUUCCCCCUAGAUUUGGAGCCUAACACAAGACAGGACCCACUGAGUCUUAAAUCAGUGAAGAAACUUCAGAAUCAUGGCAUUCAAGCAGAGAGUGGGACCCCUUCAAACUUUGUUAGGACAGAAUCAUCACCGAUGGAGUAUUUAAAGGAACAAAUGUUGGACAACCAACAUGGCAACCUUGAAGUCUCGGUUAGAGGAAAUGAAACAGAACAUUUCUUACCAUGUACAGUAUAUACAGAGCUGAAAAAGACAUAUAACAAAACAAUCGGAUAUUCUAUUUGUGGGGUGGGGCCUUCUUCAGUGAAGCCAAAUCCGCCAGGACCUGCAAGGACCCGGAAAGUUCCUCCAGAUCUAGAGAUAAGAAAAUUUGUACAAGGAUUUAGGGAAUUUCUGUCCAAAGAGCAUGGAAAAGUUCAUAUAUGUUGCAUCAUUUUUAAGAACUUAAUGGCUGCUACUGUGAUGUGUACUAAAUUCUUUGAAACCAAAUGGGGUUUUAAAACAUUUGGUUUUUUGAUGUUCCUGCUCUUCAGCAUGGCUGCAUCAUCUGGAGCAAUUGAUGAGUGCACGAUUGCAGCAGUAAAAACAAUAAAAACAGUUCAAAAAUGCCCUACAAACAGACUUGAUUGGGACACAGCAGCAAACCUUAUGAACUGCUCGGCUUUAGUUCCAUCACAAUGUACCACUUUGAAAUACCACUGUGUAGUGAACGGAUUUGGAAAUGCUACAAUAGAAGUGUGUGCAGAUCCCAGAUACAUCCAGCCCGGAUAUUGUCCAGAAUUUAACGAAAGAGGGAGACAAGUCCAAAACCGCCAAAAUUUCUCACUUAAAGAAAUAAAAAUAGUUUACAACUCAACAGAUGUAUAUAAAUAUCCACUAUGUUUUGAAAUAGUGACAAACACAACAAAGCCACCAUCUCCUGCAACAAUGAGUAUAACAAAACCCUCACAAACAACAGUGUCUGAAGCUCAAACAACUCCUGGCAGGACAAACUGGAGAAAUAAGGACAGUAACUCUUCUAAUGCUUCUGUCAGAAAUGUUGGAUCUAUAACUGGGAUUCUGCUUGGUACUCUUUUACCAGUUGUUGUGAUAUGCUGUAUAUGUACAAUCAUUUACUGGUUGAACAGGAGAAAAGGAGGACAAUGGAAUUCUACUGAUUUUUCAGCGCACCCAGGGAAGAAUGAGCAAAAGAGGCUCCUGAGGGCUGCAGAUGAAAAUGGUGUUGAAAAUUCUAAUGAAGGUGGAACUGCAACACAUACACAAAAUGAUGGCGUUGUAGGAGAAAAGCCAGACAUGGAGCUUUUGAACGGACAUCCUUGUUGAGGUAACAAACAUGAAGACUUGUUGUGCAUUGAGAGGUGAUAUACCGGUAAUAUUGAAUGAGAUUCUCACAGGGGGAUUGACUUGUUUGUACAUAAAGAGACAUUACAAUACAAAUGGCUUCUUUUUGACGAAUGUGUUCCCUUUUGUUUAGUUAGCAUGUUUAUGUUUCUUUUAAUCUCAUAAUGAAAAAUAAAUCAAUCAUGUAGGGAUUGUUUUACAUGUAAAUAUUUAAAUUGUGUAAGGUUGUUCAGUACUUUUUGUGUCAAUGUGUUGAUAGUCAUGUGUUGCAAUGUGUUUACCAAGAAAAUAUCUUCUGUAAUAUUACAUAAAUAUUUAUUUGAACUUAUGAUAGGAAAUUAAGAAAUGUUUCAAUGUAAGAGAAAGUUCUUAUCUAAUAUUUAUGUACAUAUACCAUUACACCAUAUAAUUGGUACAUGAAUGAAAUGAAAGUGAUAAUUUGAUAAUAAUGAUGAAUAUAGCUGAUGUAACUGUAUGCUUACGUUUUUGGAAUGUGAUAUGGAUAAAUGAUGUGACAUUAUUAACAUUGCAUGCUUGAUGAAAUUAUAAUCAGUAUGACAUAUAUUAAAUAGUGAUGAAAUUUCACAAAUAUUUCUUGAGCAAUAAGAAUUCUUUCAUUUUUAAUUUACAGCAUUUUAU